AUAUCACUGUUCAGCAACCCAGCUCCUCUACUUAUUGUUCACUGAAUAAACACUACAGUCGUCUUUGACUUUUAUACACUUUUGUGUGGCACCGUAUUGUUGAGGCCUGAUAAAAUUAGUGAAGGCAGUCAGACACAGUGCUGAAUGGAAGAUGGCGACAGAGUUUAAACAUGUGAUGAGCAAAAUACCAACUUCAUGUGACCCAUUGCUAAGGAGCAGCCCAGAGAAGAAGACAGACACCCAUUUGUGUCGUGUUCUUCAGACAGCACUAAAACAGCAAGGAGAAUCCAGCAGUAAGCAGCCUGUGCAGUUCUCCAUCCUUCUACAUGAAGCAAAUCUGGCCAUAAUGCACACCAUCAAGACAGUGGAGACCCAGGUUCCCUUUCUUAAAGAGAGUUUCUUUACUUCCACCUUCAAAGGCAGAAGGAAGAGUAGUGUGACCCACCUCCUCCAUAAACAGCAAUCACUCCUAGAUCAACAGCAGUGCAUUUUAGAGCAUCAGCAGCUAACUCCUAAGCAGUUUCCUUCCAGUUCAGUUGAAAACCGAGCAUGGCAGCAGACCCCCGAGCAUCAGCGGCUUGCUCGCUCGAUCAGCAACCCGUUAUGCAAGACGCUCGAGCCUGCACAAGCAGAUGGGGACAGGAAGGAGGGGCUAAAGGAGAAAAGGGAUCAGAGAAUGAGUGAGGCUUUGCAGGGGAGGAGGAGGGGGGAGCCUGUGGCUGACAGUGCCAGUCUCCUCCUCCUUUCAUCAUCGUCGUCAUCAGGAACAGCAGUGCUGGGGAAGCCAGCAUCAUCCUCACAUCCUCUGUCAGCUGUGGUGGGCAGACAGCAGGGAUUAACUGGCACGGGAAGAACUUGGAGCAAACAAGGGCCAGCAUCUGUGGUAGUCCAAGGGGAAGCCCAGAAUCCCCAACCUCAGCCCCAGCAGCAUGGCCUGUUAGCCAAGGGUGUCCGCCUAAUAAGGAAUAUGGGAAACCAGGAAGCAAGGCAGAAGAAAGGAGGAGGAAGUGGUGGAGCUGCAGGGAAUGCCAACGCUGACGGAGAAGCCGAUGAAAGAGAGGUGGACAAACUAUCUAAAAAGGCCAACAACAAGGCAAGUAAAGGAGAACACAAUACCAAGAAGAAAAUAAAGUCAGAGUCGAAAGGUUCUGUGUUUUCCGGCAUGAAGAUUAGGAAAAGUUUAUCCAAAGUGAAAGGUUUGUCUAAGGAUGACACGUUGGAAGCUGGGGAAUCACCACAUGUUGGCAAAGCGGAGCUCAAGCCUGGCACAGAGACGAGCUACUCGCCUGAUGAGAUGGGAAUGGUGUCAGAUGCCGAGGCAGAUCCAAGCCAUUUGACAGCAGAGAGCCGCUGGUCAGUGGAGGACGUCAGCCGCAAGACGAGCUCGGGGUCAGACGCUGACCUGUACAGUUUUCAUUCAGCUGCAGCUGAAACUGAGGAUCUUCUUUCUGAUAUCCAGCAGGCAUUUCAAGAAAAGUGUGAAGCUAGCGCCAGGGUUUUGGAAACUGUUUCUAGAUCUGCAUCUGCAGGGCUGACCUAUGAGGUGAGUGAAGUCUCUGAGACAAUUGUAACUCCACAACUAUGUACUCUGGAAAAUGACAAAUUAUCUUCAUCUGAAAGUGAAGCCCAAGAACUUUCUAAACAAUUGGAGAAUAAAAGUAAAGGCAUACCGAUGUCCACAAACUCAUCAAGUGAAAGUGGAGCACCAUCCUCGGUUCUAGACAUAGAAGUAAGCGGCAGCAGUAUUCUCCCGAAUACUAACAGUGACUACAGCCUCCAAGACACUACAGCAACUACUUCCUAUGAGAGCGCCGAAGAGCCCCAGGAUGAUCUAGAGAGCCCUGAUAUACCUGAACAGCAAAAUCAAGUUGGUCAACCUACACAAAGCAGAAACGCGUGUGUGCCAAGUGUCCGUUUGGAUCUAGUCUCACCUGGAAGGAGCCCACCUCGCACUCACAAGAGUGCAAGCAGUUUGGACCUCUCACUUGCGAGGGAUGAUGAGCAAAUACUUAGACCGGAUUUUCUGCCACUCGCACGUAGGAAGAGCAGCAUGUCUAUCAGUCACCUGACAGCUGAUGCAUCUCAGACCAGACGAACAUCCGCCACCUCCCCGUCUACCGUAAAACUCUACCCUCCAGUUAACCCGUCAUAUGUCAAGACCACCACCAGGCAGCUCACCUCUCCAGUUGGAUCCCCCCUUACUAGUCCCAAUGUGCCCAGGAAAAGGGAGGCUAUCUCUGCUUCUCUGGAAUCCAGCAGGCCUGAGGGGUUUGAAAAGCACAAGCAGAGGUCGGUCUCUGUUACCGGAGCCCAUAGGGUCUCUGGUGACUGGUCAGCAGAGUUAGACUUUGGAGAAAGUCAGACUGGUGUGACAAAGACGCCAGAGCAGGAGACCACAGAGAAAGGUCACACAGUAGGGACUUAUUGGACCCUUGGUUCCAAGAGGGCUCAUUACGGAAAGAGAAACUCCACAGCACCCUACCUAGAUGUCUUCUCUGGUCAGACUCUGUUGGAAAAGCUUUGCAUGCACCAUGGAGAUGGGGCUGCGGAGGACGAGGCGAAAAAACUGUGUCACCAAAUGCUGGUCCAUGGUCUGCUGCAUCCCUUCAGUGACAGCAACACAGAACACCGCAGUGAUGGGACUGUCUCCGCAGUCUUCAGUGAGGAGCAGUUGUACACCUGGGCAUCUGUCGGCCUCCCAGUGUCCUCCCACCUGUGGGAGCUCUACGGGAGAGGUUUGAGAUCCCCUUUGCACCGCUCGUCAUCCAAACCAUCUUCUGCGCUCCACUUUCAGGCAGAAUCUAGCAGGGUGAAGUCAGGUCAGUCAUCUUCAGAGGAUGAAAGCGGCCUCAUCCCCCAGCUGGAGAAGAAAAUUGAGGAGUUGCAGAGUAAGAUUGCUGUCCUGCAGAGCCAUCGGCCCUCCUUGGCGAAGGCCAGCGAGGAUAACGUGGGGGUUCAGGGAAAUGUCCGCCCUAAGGCGUUACAGAGAAAGGGAGAAAGACUGGAGGCAGCUGUUCAGACGUCACCUGCGGAUGAGGGGUUUAGAUUUGAUGUGCCUUCAAAUGGAGCAAUUGACAAGAGCAAGUCAUCUCCAGCAAUAUCUCCCAGCCUCAAGUCCACUGAAAGCUUUGUGUGCACCUGCAAAGAGAGGCAGCAAAACAGCAUCAUCCAUGGUCCUCCACCUCCCCCUCCAAUCUCAGGUGGCAUGCCCCCUCCUCCUCCACCUCCACCCCCUCCCCUUCCUCCUGUACCAGGUGUUGGACUUUGCCCACCGCCUCCUCCGCCUCCACCUCCAGGUUUUGGACCUCCACCCCCACCUCCUCUGCCUGGAAUAGGACCAUUUCCCCCUCCUCCUCCACCUCCUCCACCGGGAAUGGGACCCCCUCCACCACGUCCUCCACCAGGAAUGGGACCCCCUCCACCUCCACCUCCACCGGGAAUGGGACCCCCUCCUCCAGGCUGCAUCCCUCCACCCCCAGGUUCCAUUCCUUCCCUGAUGGUUCAGGAAGCAUCCUCUGCCAAAGCCCUGAUAGAGCCCCCCAAGCCAAUGAAGCCGCUUUACUGGACCCGCAUUCAGCUGCACGCUAAAAAAAACCCUGGACCACUGGUGUGGGAAAAAAUCGAGGAGCCCGCUAUUGAUUUCGGAGAAUUCGUAGAUCUCUUCUCCAAGAGUGCCGUGAAGGAGAAGAAGAAGCCGAUCUCAGACACAAUCAGCAAAUCAAAGGCCAAACAGGUGGUCAAACUGUUGAGCAACAAGCGCUCGCAGGCCGUUGGGAUUCUGAUGUCCAGCAUUCACCUGGACAUGAAGGACAUCCACAAUGCUGUCCUAAAUAUGGACAACACUGUUGUUGAUCUGGAGACUUUGCAAGCACUUUAUGAAAAUAGGGCUCAGAAUGAUGAGAUUGAUUCCAUUAAAAAGCACAUAAAAUCCAGCCAAGACAAGGACGAUGCAAAGCCACUGGACAAGCCAGAACAGUUUCUAUUCCAACUAUCAGAAAUUCCCAAUUUCUCUCAGAGGGUGUUCUGCAUUCUGUUUCAGUCAACGUUUCAUGAGUAUAUCACAUCAAUUUUGCGUAAAGUUGAAAUCCUGCAAAGAGUAUGCAAGACUCUUCAAAGUAGUGAGAGCGUGUUGCAGGUGCUUGGCCUUGUGCUGGCGUUUGGCAACUUCAUGAAUGGAGGCAACCGGUCUCGAGGACAGGCUGAUGGCUUCACCUUGGACAUCCUGCCAAAACUAAAGGACGUCAAAAGCAGUGAUAACUCCACAAGUCUUUUGUCUUACAUUGUUGCUUACUAUCUGAAGCACUUUGAUGAGGAUGCUGGCAAAGACACAUGCCUCUACCCUCUGCCUGAGCCCCAGGACCUUUUUCAAGCCUCCCAAAUGAAGUUUGAGGAUUUUGAAAGAGAUCUACGCAAGCUGAAGAAAGACUUAAAUGCAUGUUUGGGGGAAACUGAUAAAGUCUGCAAGGUUUCCUCUGAAGAAAACCUGCAACCCUUCAAAGACAAAAUGGACAAUUUUCUUACACAAGCCAAGACGGAGCUGGAAACACAGGAAAAGCAGCUAGCAGACACCCAGAAGAUCUUUUUGGAGCUAAGUGUGUCCUUCUCGGUAAAACCCAAGGCGGGAGAGAAAGAAGUCUCUCUCAACACGUUCUUCUCCAUUUGGCAUGAGUUUUCUUCAGAUUUUAAGGAACAGUGGAAGAAGCAGAAUAAGCUUUUAUUACAGGAACGGGUGAAAAAGGCAGAGGAGAGCUUCAAACAGGCCAGGCAGAAGGCCACAUAUAACGUGACGACCAAAAACGCCACUGGAAUAAAAGCGAAACUGGGUAAAAAGAUCUGAAGUGGAACAUGAAUUAUUGUCCAAGAUUUUUGCACAAGCACAUUCUGGCAUAGUUCAGAAGUUUGAAAAUAGAUUUGUCUUAACUACCUGUUGAUCUGCUCUUGAGUCUAGGUGGAACUAAAACUGGAAGUUAAUCUGCAAUCAAACAAAAAUCUUAAGAUUUUAGCCAGUAAAUGUUCACCGAACAUGGGCUUUUUAGCAUAAUGUACAAAUUCUAUCAUUUUUUUUUAACAUUUUGUAUUAUUGUUUUCCAUUUUUUUGUGCAAUUUCCCUAUCUUUUCUUUAUAUGGGAAACAUUUCCUACAAAGGUCUGCUGAAAGGCACAAAAACUUAGAUUUUUUUAAAAAGUUUUUAUGUAGAAAAAAUGGUGCCUUAUUGAAGGUUGGAGGUAGCAAACAUGCAGAACCGGUCUUAUUUUUCCACUAACUUUAAAGACAAUUUGUUUUCCAUAGUUUAAAGUGGUUUAGGCUUAGUUCUCUCUCACACACACAAACACGUCAGAAAUGGGUGAUGGUUUAAAUAUUUUAUAGGCAGCACCUCCUCUGCUGCCCUCUCUUAGUCAAACUCAAAUAUCCACAUGGUGUGAUCUGAUGAGUUCUAUGUUUUACCUGUUAAACAGCUUUAUAUAAGGUAUGCUUUAUUUUGAGCACAAUCCUAUGCAUGUCAUUUACCCUUUUCUGCUGUCAAUUAGUGAAUUACUUUUCAUUUGAUGAUAAAUGUGAUCCUGUUGAAAUUUUAUGUGCAAUGUCGAAACUGCUUUAAAAUAACAGAAUAUAAAAAGUAAUAUUUAUUGAAU